AUGUGGCAGCUUGUUUUGGGCUUGUUGCAGCAUCUAACUGUUGCAACUGCCAUAGUUGUGGAACGGAACAUGUUCGCUUACUAUAAAGUGCCGCUUCAUAUGUUAGAUAUGGACAGCGUUGGACACACAAAUACAAACGACACCAGCACCAGUCUGUACUUCAUUCUACAGUGUCCACCAAAGUUAAACGACACCAUACCCAAGCCAAAGGACAUGCAGACCUGCAAUGUGGUCGACCAGUACAAUGAAAUGUGGCGCGAAAGAAAGCUGAAAAGCAAGCGACUACACAUGGUGCCCUUUAGAAUUGUGGUGCGUCCAUUGCCGCCACCAACACCCCUACAAUUGAGUUUGUCUCACAGGCGUUCGAAGCGACAUCACUUGGCACGGAAUGGUGGAAAUCAGCUGUCGAAAUCGGACUCCUUUGAAGGCACGCCGCUUAAAUAUCUUGGCCUGCCGCAUCAAAAACAGAAACUUUUAAACUUGACUGCCGAUCACAGAAAGUUUAAGCGUGGCAGUCGUACCAAAGGAUAUCAACAUAUGUAUCACCGGGACGAGAGUUACAACGAUCACAUAUUCUACGAUGAACUGAAUCUGGAUGGCAAAUUCGAUAAUUAUGGAAAAGAAAAUGCCGACCCUUAA